UAAAAUCGGCCAUGAAUGCCCCACCCCGAGAGGCUGCAGCUGUGUCUGAAUCCGGCAACCGUAGCCAUGACCACCCACGUCACCCUGGAGGAUGCCCUGUCCAACGUGGACCUGCUGGAAGAGCUGCCCCUCCCCGACCAGCAGCCAUGCAUCGAGCCGCCGCCAUCGUCCAUCAUGUACCAGGCUAACUUUGACACAAACUUCGAGGACAGGAAUGCAUUUGUCACAGGCAUUGCAAGGUACAUUGAGCAGGCCACGGUCCAUUCCAGCAUGAAUGAAAUGCUGGAGGAAGGGCAUGAGUAUGCAGUCAUGCUCUACACCUGGCGCAGCUGCUCCCGGGCCAUCCCGCAGGUGAGACUGUCCUUGCUGGGUGGCUCUGCUCCACUUCGGCCUCAGCCAGAGAGCUGA